AGGAUAAACAAGAAAGAUUAACACUUUUUUUUACAGUGCUAAAAUAAGGUAAAAAUAGUCAUAGUCAACAUUAAAAGUAAGAACACUUGAGUCUGAGCUCAGUGUAACUACUUUCUAUACUGUUUCUACUUUAAUUUACAUUUUUGCAUUAUAUUCUUUGAGAUCAUCAUGUGUUUGUUGUGUCCUGUGACAAACACGUUUCUCUAAAAUGUCAGAGAAACAGCUGUUUUGAGGGAACAUCAGAGGGAACAUCCUUGAAUACUGGACAGGAUCUCACAGUGGAGUAAAAAGUACAAUACUUGCCUCUAAGAUGUAGUGCAGUAGAAGGAUAAUGUUGCAUAAAAUGGGAAAAAGUACAAGAACUGCAAUUAUGUACUCAGUUAUAUUUAACCUCUGCUGAGAUGCUAACUCUUUCCUCCCUUAUUUCCAUCGUAGUGCUGGGUUUCAGAGCUCUAUGGCAGUUCAGGGCCAUGAUCCUCUGCACUGUCCCUGACAGCUGGCCCGUGUUUGACUACGCAAACUAUGGCUGCUACUGUGGACUUGGAGGCUCUGGAACGCCUGUCGAUGAGCUGGACACAUGUUGUCAGGUCCAUGACCAGUGCUACAGUGAAGCCAUGCAGCAUGAUGAAUGCUGGCCCAUCCUGGACAACCCCUACACUGAAAUCUACAGCUACACAUGCGACGAGGCCAGCAAGACCGUCACCUGCCCGAGUGACAACAAUACCUGUGAGAAGUUCAUCUGUGAGUGCGACAGGAAAGCAGCCAUGUGCUUUGCCACCGCAGGUUAUAAUGAAGAAAAUGCCUACCUUCCCAGCGACCGAUGCAAAUAAACUGAAGAAACAAGAGUGUGCCUGUAUUAAAAGUCAAUAAAAGAGA